GGGGCGCCCCUAGGCUGGGAGGCCCACUGCCUCCCUGUGCCUGGCCACGUGCACUGGGGGUGCGCAGACCGCGGAAGCACAUGCGCGUGUCCUCUCAGGGUCCCGGGUCGGUUCAGGACCACUGACCAUUGACCGGACAGCACCUCGCAGUCGGUGCGGUAGAGCUGGCGGGGCGGUUGACCUUUCUUCGCAGCGGCCGGGGGCGGAGCCCGAAAAGCCACGCCUCUCCAGCACACUGCCAUUGGGUCCCUUGGAAACCCCGGCUCCCAUUGGCUCACGCGGCCCCUCCCUAAGCUACCAGAGGUGCCCGGGCCCCCGCCAGCGCGGGAGCCGCGCGUGCGCAGAGUGAGAGCUGGCGCGCGCGGCGAGGUGUGAUACGAGACGCCGUGUGCAUCCGCGGCUACACUGCGGCCAGCUAGUCCCAGGCGGCUCGCGUGCCGCCCGCCCCCGGCUUCGCCCCGCCCCCGCGGAGGGAUCCGUGCCGCCGUGGCCCAAAAGCUCGGGGCGAGGCGGCCGGGCCAGGGAGCCGCUCGGCUGCUGCGUGUGGCGGUGCCCGGCCGCCUCCCGCGCCCGCCGCCUCGUCUUGGAGGUCCGGCGCCCCGCGGGCCGGGGAGGCCGCUGCGCGCGAUGCUGCUGUCCAAGUUCGGCUCGCUGGCGCACCUGUGCGGGCCUGGCGGCGCGGACCACCUCCCGGCAAAGCUCCUGCAGCCAGCCAAAGCGGACAGGGAAAGCUUUGAGAAGGCCUACCAGGUGGGCGCCGUACUAGGCAGCGGCGGCUUCGGCACGGUCUACGCGGGCAGCCGCAUCGCCGACGGGCUCCCGGUGGCCGUGAAGCACGUGGUGAAGGAGCGGGUGACCGAGUGGGGCAGCCUUGGCGGCGUGGCAGUGCCCCUUGAGGUGGUGCUGCUGCGCAAAGUGGGCGCGGCCGGCGGCGCGCGCGGCGUCAUCCGCCUGCUGGACUGGUUCGAGCGGCCCGACGGCUUCCUGUUGGUGCUGGAGCGUCCCGAGCCGGCGCAGGACUUGUUCGACUUUAUCACCGAACGCGGCGCCCUGGACGAGCCGCUGGCGCGCCGCUUCUUCGCGCAGGUGCUGGCCGCCGUGCGCCACUGCCACGGUUGUGGGGUAGUGCACCGCGACAUCAAGGACGAGAACCUGCUGGUGGACCUGCGCUCGGGCGAGCUCAAGCUCAUCGACUUCGGCUCCGGCGCGCUGCUCAAAGACACCGUCUACACCGACUUCGACGGCACCCGAGUGUACAGCCCUCCAGAGUGGAUCCGCUACCACCGUUACCACGGGCGUUCGGCCACUGUGUGGUCUCUGGGCGUGCUGCUCUACGACAUGGUGUGUGGGGACAUCCCUUUUGAACAGGACGAGGAAAUUCUCCGUGGCCACCUGUUCUUCCGGAGGAGGGUCUCUCCAGAGUGUCAGCAGCUCAUCCAGUGGUGUCUGUCCCUGCGGCCCUCAGAACGGCCCUCGCUGGACCAGAUUGCUGCUCACCCCUGGAUGCUGGGAGCUGAUGGGGAUGCCCCAGUGAGCUGUGACCUGCGGCUAUGUGCCCUGGACCCUGAUGAUGGGGCCAGCACCACAUCCAGCAGUGAGAGCUUGUGAGGGGGGACCUGGAUGCUGGCACUAGGGCUGCCCCUCACUCACAGGAGCCAAGGGACCAUCUGUCUGAGCCAGCCCCUGAUGCCCCAGAACACUGGCAUUCUCCUGCUGGGCUGUCACUUCCUGAGAAGCAGUGAUCUGUGACCCCGGUGACCUUUGCUUUGAGUGCCUUUUGAACGCUGGUCCCACAGGACUCGGUUUUCUCAAGCUCUGUCUGUCCAAAGACGGCUCCAGUUAAAGUAAGGUCGUGCAUGCCCUGGGUGGACACUUGAGCCCGAGAUAUUCCUUUCUCUGUGCUGCUCUGUCCAGCGAAUGUGUCUGACCGGAAGCCCACCUCAAGUCUAGGAGUGGUACAGUGUUUGUCCAGACGUGUCCCAUGCACAAGCAAUGCAACUGCGGGCCUUUGCCACCCGCCCCCCUCCCCCCACCCACGCAAGCUGUGUCUGCGCGUGCCAACGUCUGUUAUUUAUGGUGUGACCCCGUGGAGGGUGCCCCUGGCCCUCUGUGGCUAUUUAUUGUUUAAUUUAUUAUAUUUGUUGAGGUUAUUUUCUCUUGAGCAGCCGGCCUUCUCCAGGCCCCUGGGGUGGUGGGGAGGGGAAGGACAAUUGUGGUCUGGGGAUCCUGGGUCCUGACUCUUGCACCUGGUGUAGGUCCCUAGCCCUACCUGUGUCUGUCGAAAGACAAACUUGUACAGUGGCUGAUUUAAGGGGAGUGGGUGACCCUGCUACCUGGAGGCACUCUGCCCCUGGGGCAGGUUUUAAAUUAUUAACUUUGUACAGUCUGCUUGUUGGCUCUGAAAGGUGGGGGUGGGGGGCAGAGUCUCAAGCCUUUAAUUUAUUUUAGCAGCUGUGUUUAUGUGGUCUCGGUGUGUGUAGGCAUCGAGGAUGGGGGUUUUUUUCAGUUUAAAAGUGUGAGAUGUCUGGAGAUCCUAUUUUUUAUACAGGUAUUUCAAUUAAAUUUUUUGUACAUAGUG